GCAGGAACACAAGUUAGAGGCGCUCUUAAUGUGCGUGUAACCAACUGAAACACAACAUAAGUCACCCUUUAACUGUUGUUUCCACAGAUGUUAAGACUAUCGGUGAAUCUAAUUUAAAGAUACACAGCCGGGGAACCGUUGCUCACCGAGAUUCCACACUCCUCGGGGGGGAACUAAUCGUCAGUUUUUUACCUGCUGAAAGUUGAUCUGCGGACUGAUUUACCACCACUAACCGGAGGAGAGCAAACAGGUGAAAUAUGAUGAACGCUCUGUGCUUUGGUCUUGUUCUUUUGAUCCUGUGGUCUGAGCCUGCGGGGGCUCAAUUCCCUCGCGUGUGCUGCACGGUCGAGGGAAUCGUGUCCAAGCAGUGCUGCCCGGCUCUCGGCCCCGAUCCGGCCAACGUGUGCGGCUCCCUGUCGGGGAGGGGGAACUGCUCGGCCGUUCGAGUCGACGGCAAACCCUGGGGAGGGCCGUACAGACUGAGGAACGUGGACGACAGGGAGAGGUGGCCCACCAAGUUCUUCAAUCAGACCUGCAGAUGCACCGGGAACUUUGCUGGUUAUGACUGUGGUCAGUGCAAAUUUGGCUGGACGGGCUUAAACUGUGACCAGAGGAAAGCCCCCGUGCAGCGAAAAAACAUCCACUCGCUGACCGCCGGAGAGCUGCAGGAGUUCCUCAAUGUCUUGGAACUGUCCAAGAACACCACCCAACCAGACUACGUCAUCGCCACCCAGCAUUGGCUGGGACUACUGGGACCAAAUGGAACUGAGCCCCAGUUCACCAACAUCUCCAUUUACGACUUCUUUGUGUGGCAACAUUACUACUCAGUCCGAGACACUCUUCUGGGUCCCGGUCGUCCGUUCAAAGCAAUUGAUUUCUCACACAAAGGACCAGCAUUCAUCACCUGGCACAGAUAUCACCUCCUCAGCCUGGAAAGAGAGUUACAGCGAUUGACUGGCAAUGAGAACUUUGCGAUCCCAUACUGGAACUUUGCCACCGGGCAAAGGGAGUGUGAUGUUUGUACCGACUCUCUGCUCGGGGGCCAAAACCCAGACAACCCGUCCCUCAUCAGCAACCAGUCCAGAUUCUCCAGAUGGGGGGUGGUAUGUGACAGUUUGGAUGAGUACAAUCGCCUGGUGACUCUUUGUAACGGCAGCGGAGAAGGUUUCAUUCAGAGGGGGGUAAUGGGGGCAGGAAACGCGUCGCUGCCCACCAUGACCGACGUCAGAAGCUGCCUUGGAAUCCGAGACUUCGACAGCCCCCCGUACUUCACCAACUCCUCCUUUAGUUUCAGAAAUGCUCUCGAGGGGUACGAAAGGCCAGAUGGAGAACUGGACGAAUCCGUCAGUAACCUUCACAACCUCGUCCACUCCCUGCUCAAUGGAACCAGCGCUUUGUCUCACUCAGCGGCCAACGACCCCAUCUUUCUGGUGCUCCAUGCUUUCACCGAUGCGAUCUUUGACGAGUGGAUGAAACGUUUUCCUCCGUCCAGUGCCACUUUCCCAGAUGAGAUGGCCCCCAUCGGGCAUAACAGGGACUACAACAUGGUUCCCUUCUUCCCUCCCAUCACCAACGAGGAGAUAUAUGUUACAUCGGAGCAGCUGGGAUACUCUUACGCCAUUUCCCUGGAGGACGCUGACGGAGAGCCGCCUGUGUUUGUGCUGGGCUCCACUGUGGGGGGGGUCUUCAUUGGUCUCUUGGUGCUUCUCCUUGUUUUUGUGCUCUACCUGCGUCAACGAAGAAACAGAGGCUUCGAACCCCUGAUAAAAGCAGACUUUACAAAGAGAAAGUACACAGAGGAAGCCUAGAUUUGACUUGUUCUCCAAAGUGUCUAAAUACUUACCUGAGGGAGAUGGAAUAGCCAUCUGUGGGCCAUAUUGUCACGCAUCAGAAAAACGUAUAAAACAAAUUUAAUUAGAAUAUAUUAAUAGUAAUGUCCCAAGAUCAUUAACAAUUAAUGUAUACUUCUACUGGUUUACUAACAUUCCGUUUAGUUUUGCUGAAAAAAUCAUUGGUCCCGUUUACAUUUUGUGUGAAUUUAUCUAAACAAAUAUGCAAUACAGUUUAAUUGGAAU